CGAGGCUAGACGCGUGUAAUGGUGACAUUGUAGCACUUUGUGGAAAAGCACAACGUUUGUUUGAAUGGAAUGCGGCGGGCACAGUCCGAAAUAUAAAGUGACAAAUAUAUAUGGCGUGGAAACUUGUCGGCCGUGCACUAAAUGUCCACCCGGUACCGGAGUAUCCAGAGUGUGCGAAGGACGCCAGGACACGACAUGUGAGUCGUGUCGUGAUGGCACUUAUUCGGUGGGAUGGAGUCGUUCCUCGCCAUGUAGACCCUGCACCGUCUGCCCUGAACAUCUGCCAAUGAUCAACAAUUGUAGUUCAACGCAAAACUCAAAAUGUUCACAUAUUUGCGACUUGGGAUAUUUUUUGGAUGAAUUGUCUGGACAAUGUGACCAUUGCUCCUGGUGCUUUCCUGACGAACCUGAAAAAGCUCCUCCGAGAAUACCGGAAUGCCAACAGCAGGGGCUGCCGAGAAGUUUUCAAUGUAUGCCGAGCAGAUUCCUAGACGACGUGCCGACGUAUCAACAGUUUCGAGACAGCUAUAAUGUUCGGGGUCAGGCUACACAGAGAACCUCAACAAAUGUAACUCCAUCCACCUCUGUUACCGCGUAUUCUGUGAAAUCGGUGACAUCGUCAAAUACGACAACUUCGACAGUUAAGUUGAAAGAAUAUCCAGAAACGGCCGCAAGUCAUAUCACAGUAUCUCUUCUAACGUGUGCGGGCGCUGUUAUUUUAAUUGUUAUCCUAAUCGCGUGUCUAAUCUUUAUGCGGCGAAUCCGAAGACGUGUUCAAGAAAGUGGUAGAAAAUACAGUAGAUUAGACGAGAGCCGUUAUACAAAAGCAUUACACGAAGAUGAUGUUGUAAAAGUGAACGUGAUCAUUGGCAACGAUGUUGAAUACCACAGUUCGAUUGAAACACUUGAAUAUGAUCGUCUUCACGAAUUAUCAGACGACCAGAUUCCAAAUCACACUAAAGAACAUACUAGCUAUGUAGGAACAGAAAGGAAGUUUUCCACUGCAGAGACGAAUGUUACAUAAACGCAUUGUAGGUUUCAGUGAUUCAAGUUUAUGUUGGGCAGAACAAUGUAAUCGAGCUUGUAAUUCGGUACUAAGCGGAAGGAGACAAUGCGUCAUGUAAGGUUUGGCAUCACCCAAUGUAGUAUACGGCAUUUCAUCUUGAGAUACCUAGUUCAUAUUUCCAUUUAUGUGUCUUUUAACUAUAUUAAUGCUCCAAUGAUAUUUUACUUUGCCAGUAUUGAUUUUUCUUUAGUAUACACGGUAAUCAGAUAUAAAACAAAAUAUCUCAGUAA